AUGGUCAUCACGCGUUCUCAGGAGCUGCGUCGCCCUGGGGAAAACCCAGCUCGAGAACGUGAGGCGCAACUCUCGCAAAGCGCCACAGCGGCGAGUGGACUGAUCGUCCGUGACUCCCUGCCAGGCACGACGGGUGCGCCGCGUGCAAUAUGUCGCGCGGCGUCUCAAUCCAGUCUGUUCUCGCCGUGGUUGCGGUGGCCGCCUUUCUCCCGGCGGUCGUCAUCCGGGGCGGUCUCGCGCUUGAUUCCAGAAGAAAGCGACUCGCCGCCGCGUCCUGCGGAUCAAGUCGUUGUUCGCCCUUCAAGCAGAAGCGUGUUUUCGGUCGGAACUGCCUUCGGACCGAAUUCCGCCGAUGGAGCACCUAGAUGCGUCUUUUCGGCGCAGCACCUUGCGAGCCAUCAGAAUCGAGGGACUUCCGCCGGGGUUUUUCGUGCAUGGCAGUCGCUUACAGGAUCUGGGGCCCGCGCCAUCGGAAAAACCUCUCCGAACCUGUCGGGCGUCGCCGAGGUCGGCGACACUCUCGCCCCAGCUGCAGACGCGUCAAACUCGCCUCUGGUAGGUGGUGAGUCAGAGGAGUCACCCACCUUUCCCGACUUCACUGGUGCAUUUGGCGACUGGUGUGGAUCUCCUGAUGCGCCCGACAAAGCGCACAAGCGAACGGGUGGGCGGAAUCUCGAGGCCUCGCGGGGCGGAGAGGAGGGUCCUGUGAGAAGGUCGGUGAAGGACGUGGACGAGCGAGGCGUGUCGACCGGGCUGGAUGAGCUGCUCCCCGUGCGGGCUCCACCUCACUCCGAGCCUGUUGAACGCAAGCAGCGCUGUUCAUUAGGGUGCGGCGCACUCGGAAGCGGGGCACUUUCUCGCCCAGGGAGUAGGCCAGAGAAUGCUGGCCUCCCAGGCUAUUCGCCAAUUCUGCGGCCGCAGGCCUGCCUUUGCGAUUGCAAGCAGACGCAUUUCGUCGAAUGUGGGACGGAUAGAGCGACACUCUCAGGGUCGGGAGUCUGUGGAGCGAACCCCCAAGACGAUCUCCGCCGGCGUUCCUCGACGCCAGAUCGGUCGCGACCAGGACUGCAGCUUAGUACUCGAGGCGACAGGGUCUUUGUCUCGCCCUCGUUCGUCCAGUCAGGCAGUGGGGAUAAAUGGAGUCCGAGAGGUUUGGUGCCCUCUUUGCGGAAGUCGAGAAGUAGCGAUGAUCUGCGUCGUGGUGGCGUGACGGCGCACGAGAGAGCCAGGGAACCGCAGGACGCAUCGGAUCCCGGUGACGAUAUGCCCGUGUGCGGCGCCGGGAAUCGCCCCAAUGUGUGGAGGAGGAGUCGGUCGUUUUCCCUCGCCGAUGAGAGGGCUGUCGCGACGCCGAGAGACUCUGACGGCGCAGUGCGCCCGGAGAGUCCGUCACACACCGUGACGAAGGCCGCGAAUCCUGGAGGCGCCUUCGCGGUCCGUUCAGCCUCUUGGGCUUCGCCUGACGCCAGACGCGUGUCCGUUGUGCAGAACGCGUGCUCGCUUUCUCGGCAACGCUGCGUCGGGAUGCGGUCCGGCAGGGUGGGAAGGUGGAUGAAAGGUCGGUCCCACGAAAACGGGGCCCUCUUCGAGCAGGAAGAGAAUCCGAGUUUGGCAGAGGAGACGCCGACGGAGUGUGUGCAGAGACCGCCGAACUUUUGUGCACAACGUGGCGACGGUGGCUGCGAAUCCCACGCUGUCCCAACAGAGGGACCGUGUAGUCUGUGUGUAGGCGCCAGUGGCCAGGAAGGCGGCGACACUGACAGGGAGAUGGUUCGCAAGAGCAGCAGCGGCAGCACGAUGUGCAGCACCAGUGAGUCGGACGGAGGCAGCUGCGACCGGAGGUUGACCAAGAGGCCAUCGGGCACCAAAACAGUCUCGGUGUCGCGUCCUGUCGCGUCGAUGACAGCGGGGGCUCCUGCCGAUAUACCCCCGUGUAACUCGCAGCUCGAAGACGUGGUUGGGUCGGAGUCGCCCGGGACUCACGACGCCGGGGGUGAGCAUGCGGCUCUCGCUUUUGCAGAUGGGCGCGGUCCAGACAGCGCCAUCGGAACGGCCGCAGAUUCGUUCGACACCGACCGGCUUCACGAGGAUUCGGGCUUCCACCUCCAACGUCUGCAGUUGUUUCCGUGUGGAUCUUCAGGGACGGAUCUGCUCGAGAUGGGAUCUACUGGGAGUCUUUUUCCCGGGGAAGGCGACUUGAUGAAUCGCGCGCUGUCGCUAGACCCCUGGGACACACAUGAAGUAGACUUGUACAUCGCACCAACGUUGCACGUUCUUCGACAUGCGCGAGAUCAAAUGGAUGGUGACGACUGUUCGACUGGUGUGGCCGCGGCUUAUCCGUCGUCCGUUACUGGCCGCUGCAGGGACACCGAAAAAGGCGGUGGCGAGCCGUCAGGACACGAAAGGCCCAAAGCAGCGCCAUGGACAGCGCGUUCGGACUCAGAUGGGGAAACAGGUUCCGUUGACCCAGAGUCCUCGGACCAAGGGAGCGAGGCGAAUGGGAAGGCUGAGAGACAGGACUUCCAGCAGAACCGCGCGGCCGGCACAACGACGGCGGCGACCAGCCUGCCGUCCAACUCGGCGCGCAGCGGGGGAUGUGCUUCUGUCACGUCGAGGGGCGUGUCAGGGAUCAGCACUAACUCCGAUGCGUCUUCCGCUGCAGCCCCGAGCCAGGCGGAGUUGGGCGAAAGCAACCGUGGAGACGGAGAGCUUAUCUACAGUUCUUACAGGUCGCCCAGUCGCGGGAUCGGGCGAGUGGGAGCAAGCAAGAAGUGUCUCGACAGCGAUCUCCUUGUAGUCAAACGGAAGCACUUCUCGCUCCUGGUCGAGGACGAGGAAGGCCUCCUUCACUUGGAUGACAUGCCGUCUUUCGAAGGUUGCCUCUUCGUCAUGAACCUGGCGUCGUCGAGGCGUUCUUCGUAUUCACGACUGCUGCGGUCUCUCCCGUUCCGGCGACUGCUGUUUUUCGUUCUGGCCCAAGGUCACCUCUUUUGGUUCAGGUCUUCUCGCGACUUCGUGCUCCGGGGUUUCUCAGCAGCUGUGGGGAGUGUCUCCCUCAUCAUCAACCAGUGUCAUGUGGACGUCGCUGAGUCUUCAGCGACUCUGCAGGGCGGCCGUUUCCGUCUCGAAUUCAAGAAUUGGCGGCGAAGCCUCGAACUCCAGGCUGGGUCCUGCAGCAGCGGCAAAGGGAAGAGAAGGAGUCGGCUAGAAGCCGGAAGCUGCCGGGGAGCGUGGGUCCAGCAGCUGCUCGCCACGAUUCAAAAGGCAGAACAAAUUCGCGACCGGUUCCGGACAGUGGACUGGGAACAGACGCAGCUCCACGCAUGGAAGAUUGCGGAGCGGUUUGGUGUCAUUUAA